AUAAAUCCUCGUUAUUAAUAGACCUGUAAAACGGCGGAGAAGGAAGUUAUCAAAAUGACCAUCAAAAGUCUGGCUCUACUCGUCUGUGUAUUCCGUGCGUUUGGAAGUAACUGGUUGUCAAUUGACCAUGAUCAGUGUUACUCCAGCAACGCUGAGUUCAAAACUCUUAUCGACAAAAACCGGCACCAACUCAUAAGAUACAAUGAAAAAAUCGCCGAAUUACAAAACGAAACAGCGUCGAAAAUCAACACUGAAGAUGUAGCUAUGGUGCAAGCCAAUGCAAAAAGAUUGGAGGAAAUUCAGAAUAAAGCAAAGAAUUCCCUUCUAAGUAAGCGAAAAAAGACAAGUGAGCAGAAGGAACAGUUAGGGAAACUGUCCCAGCAGAUGGAAUCAUUGACCGGAAAUAUCAGCAGAUUAGAGAGAGUGAUGUCUGCCAGAUCUGUGGCACAGUUCAAACGUGAGGAAAGAGUUAAAGGUCUUCUGAAUCAGAUUAGAGCAGUGCGCCAAAACAACACAAAUCUAGGGCUAAUGAUUUUAAGAGAAUCAAAUCUACAAACGUCAGCAGGCUUCACAAUUCAAACAAAUAGUGAAAUGACUCUACAGGAUCGAGAAAUGCUGGUUUUUCCAACCAUUCUUUACAGGAGUGAAGAUGGACUCGAUGUCUCGAGCUCGAUUCUAACGACCACUUACUCCGGUGUUUACUUAUUUCACAUCACUGUCUGCUCCCAGGGCCCGGGUUUAAUAGCCAGGGCGGUGGUUUGCAAGAACUACAGUCACCGUUGGGUAGGGUUUGCCUACGCUGAGGACAGUAAUAACUCGGAAUGUGGAAGCAACACGGUGGUGGUUCAGGUACGGAAAGGAGACAGAUUCUGGGUGCGAUCACACAAAAAGUCGUAUUUCUCCUCUGGAAGUAGCUUUAGUGCUUCAUUGGUUCACAGAACUGAGUGAAACAUUCCAGGAUGUGAACGAAAUAUCUGCCUAAACUAAAUACAUAUUUGUUGUGUAAUCGCCGAGAGUGUCAGCAAGAAAAUUUAUAGUUUUCUAGUUGAAUUUUAGGAAACUUUUCAACGAUCUUGCGAUUAGGACAAUCUGUUAAAGUUUAUAUAGUGUCGUUCCGCUUGAAUAUAUUCCUUUUAGGGUAAGAAAGCGAGGCUGACACUAGCUGCAACGGAACGGGACGAAGAAAUGAGAAUGCUGAUGUACAACCGCUCUCUUGCAAUUGUCUCCCUCUCUUUGGAAGUCAGAUAAUCAGUUUUUUUAGAGAGUGAAUGACCUUAUCAGAAUACCAUUUAUAACAAUUGUUUUUUUUUUCAUUUAUGUAGCAUUGAUUUGAAAAAGUGUAAAACAAAGAUUAACCUCUUAAUUAUGAAAAAGAGAGUCAUCAAUGAUGUACUGGAGUAUAUUGUCUCUUUUAACAAAAGUCUCCGGUGAAAUUGUGGCUCUAGAUAUACUGGUUGUACCUUAAAUCAUUCUUGGAAGGAAUGUGAACAUGGACCUGUAACAUUUUUUUUUAUUAAGUAUCUCUCCUUUUAAAUUAAAGUCAAAUGUAAGGC